CCCGCCCCCUGGUCCUCAGGAUUUGAGUUUGAGAGGCAGGGGCGGCUCUAAGGGCCAGAGUCCUCGGCUAGGCCUCGGUCGGCCAGCGUCCAAGGCCGCUCUGCCCCCGUGAGGAGGCAAGUUGGGGGCGGGGCUCAGGUGGCCAAAGCCGGUCGCGGAGCCGCUCUGCCAGAGCGCCGCUGUCUUGGAGCCUGCGGAGGUUUGCAGUGAUAUAUCCUGAGAGAAGAUGGGAAAGGGCUGCAAGGUUGUGGUCUGUGGCUUGUUAUCUGUGGGGAAAACAGCAAUUUUGGAGCAGCUUCUUUAUGGGAAUCAUACUAUUGGAAUGGAAGAUUGUGAAACAAUGGAAGAUGUAUAUAUGGCUUCAGUGGAAACAGAUCGGGGAGUAAAGGAACAGUUACAUCUUUAUGACACCAGAGGCUUACAGGAGGGCGUGGAGCUACCAAAGCAUUAUUUUUCAUUUGCUGAUGGCUUUGUUCUUGUGUACAGUGUGAAUAACCUUGAAUCCUUUCAAAGAGUAGAGCUUCUGAAGAAAGAAAUUGAUAAGUUUAAAGACAAAAAGGAGGUAGCAAUUGUUGUAUUAGGAAACAAAAUCGAUCUUUCUGAGCAGAGACAAGUGGAUGCUGAGGUGGCACAGCAAUGGGCAAGAAGUGAGAAAGUACGCCUGUGGGAGCAAAUAAAGAUGGAAGUAUUCUGGAAGAAAACACGUCUCCUCAUCGGUUUAUCUGGCAGCUUGGUUGGGUUGUGCUUCUUUUAGGAACCAGAGCUCACAGUUUAUAAAGACUCACAAACAGACACAUUCACCACCACAUAAGCAGGAGGUAAAAUGAAUUCCAACGUAAACUCAGGCUAGCCACUAAAAUCCAGCGGAUUUUUAACCACUAAUUAUACCUCUACCAGAAUUUAGUUAACCAAAAGCAUUGUCAAUAUUUAGCCAUUUUAGUGUUUUGUUAACGUGCGCUUACAUUAACAAUGAGCACCACACAAAGCCAGAGGUGGCACACCAACUGAGACGUUGCUCGAGGGAUACAACAAAUCAGAGCGGUCAAGAGCUGGCUGGCGCGACAACAAAGUUGGUGAGGUGCUGUCGUCGCGAGCAGCGCGGGAGGAGCAGCUGCAGCACCAGUCCCACCCGCGGAAACCUGAUCAGAGGACAGAACGUUCAUCUGCACUCAGCCAAGGCGCAGACAGCUGCUAGAGCAGGCAGGCUGGCAAAGGAGUGAGCCUCCCAGCUCCAGUCUGGUAGAGCAAAAUGCCUUUGUCCUUCAGCAGGAAUAAUGGUAAUCAGAGCCAUCCUUCACUUCGAGAGACCCUUACACAUGUGCUUUGUGCAAAAUGUACAUACAGGACACAGUUCUGGAGAAGGACUACCUCCUCAAACGGAAGCAAAGGAAAAUUUCAGUGGCUCUAGCAGUUGGGGCUGCUA